AUGGAAGAUGUGGUCGGAGAUGAAUUCCGUUCCAUUAACCAUUCUGAAAAAAUGAUGCGAAAAAUGGAAGGCUACGUGGCCAAACGACAGUUAUGUGAUGUGAUUAUUAUAGCGGGUCAAAAACGUAUUCCUGCCCAUAGACUAGUGUUAAGUGCAGCUUCGGACUAUUUUGCAGCGAUGUUCACAAGUGAUGUACGUGAAAAGACUAUGGAUGAAAUAAAAAUUAAAGAUGUAGAUCCUGAUGCUUUGACAGCUUUAAUAAAUUAUACAUAUACAGGUAAAAUAGAAUUAAAAGAAGAAACAGUAGAGAGUUUGUUAUCCACUGCGUGCCUUAUUCAGUUAUCAGAGGUGGUAGAAGCCUGCUGUAGUUUCUUAAUGAAACAAUUACAUCCGUCCAACUGUAUCGGUAUACGCCAGUUUGCUGAUAUACAAGGCUGUUCAAAUCUAUUUAAAGUUGCCAAUAAUUAUGUUAUGGAAAAUUUUGUAGAAGUGAUGAACAAUCAAGAGUUUUUUAUUUUACCGUUUGAAGAAGUGUGUAAAUUAUUAGCCAGUGAUGAUUUAAAUGUUCCCAAUGAAGAGACAAUAUUUGAAGCUUUAGUCAAAUGGGCAAAACAUGAUCUCCCCAACCGAAAAAAAUUCCUUCCAAAACUUUUAAUUCAUAUCAAACUUCCAUUGAUGUCACCUCAGUUUAUCGCGGACCAUGUUCAUAAUAAUCCAUUAUUUCAAGAUGAUAAAGAAUGUCAGACAUUGAUAAUGGAAGCCUUUAAAUAUCACUUAUUACCAGAACGAAGAUCAUCAUUCCAAUCUCCACGAAUUAAACCCAGAAAAUCUACAGUGGGUGUUCUUUAUGCUGUUGGUGGUAUGGACUGCACUAAAGGAGCCACAAGUAUAGAAAAAUAUGAAUUACGAACCAACACAUGGACACAAGUAGCUAAUAUGAAUGGUAGAAGAUUACAGUUUGGAGUAGCAGUGUUAGAUGAGAAACUGUAUGUUGUUGGUGGUCGUGAUGGAUUAAAAACAUUAAAUACAGUGGAAUGUUAUGAUCCGAAAAAGAAAACCUGGACACUGAUGCAACCUAUGUCAACACACAGGCAUGGUUUGGGUGUUGGUGUGCUGGAGGGACCAAUGUAUGCAGUAGGUGGCCAUGAUGGUUGGUCCUAUCUGAGUACAGUAGAAAGAUGGGACCCACAAGCUAAACAAUGGAGUUAUGUAGCUCCAAUGUCUACUAUGAGGAGUACUGUUGGUGUGGCAGCUUUACAUGGAAAGUUAUAUGCUGUUGGAGGUAGAGAUGGUAGUUCUUGUCUUAAAACUGUGGAAUGUUUCGAUCCUCAUACUAAUAAAUGGACCAACUGUACCCCUAUGUCUAAGCGAAGAGGGGGAGUAGGUGUUGCUAAUUGUAAUGGAUUCCUGUACGCUGUAGGUGGUCAUGAAACACCAGCUACUAAUCCAACAUGUAGCAGAUUUGAUUGUGCUGAAAGAUAUGAUCCAAAAACAGACCAAUGGACAAUGAUAGCACCAAUCGGAUGUCCGCGUGAUGCAGUAGGGUUAUCUCCCUUGGGUGAUAAAAUCUUCGCUGUUGGAGGCUAUGAUGGUCAGCAAUAUUUAAAUGAUGUUGAAUGCUAUGAUCCUGUUACUAAUGAAUGGACAAAGGUUUCCUCCUUAUGUACUGGUAGAGCAGGAGCAUGUGUGGUUCAUGUACAAUCAAGCUGACUAUCACUCAAACGAUCAUUAGCUUUGCUGAAAAAAUGGCCGUCAGGACUUUUACAUCUGAAAAAAGUGAAUCUCAGUAUCUUCAUGGUUGUAAAAUAUUUAUCAUAGUCAAAACACAUCAUUUAUUUAUCAUAUCGUACUUUUCUCAGGCAAAAUCAUUCUAUUCACACAUUGUGGUUCCUGCAAUCCACUUAAAAACUAAGUGUUUGAUGACGAUACUCGUCAGGAAAUAGUGAUGUCAUCAAACACUUAAUUUUAAAGAAAUUGCAGAAACGACAGACACCUGAU